AUGCUGCCAAGUAGCCCUGUCGACACGGCUGCGGGGAGCGAAGCAUUUCGAAGACAGCAAUUCCUCCAGUUCCAGCCAACUUCGACUUCAGACAACUGUGCGAUAUCUGCAUAUCUACAUAAGGCCCCAACAUACCAAACGAAAUGCGUCUCCUCGAAACCAUCCUCGUCGCUACAGCAACAUCCCGGCAAGUGCUCCAACAAACUCGUCGUCGGCUUCACGAAUGGCGGAGAUGACCAAGGCCACUCAUUCGCCUACUGCGGCGACAUCCCUAAUGCCAUCUUCCUGCACUCCCAGCGAAACGGCGGUCAGUACGACAACAUGGACAUCGACUGUGACGGGUCCAACAUGUACGGUGGGAAAUGCAGUAACGAUCCCACGGGCCAGCCUGAGACUGCGUUCAAAGACCAGGUGUCUCAGUACGGCAUUUCUGAUCUAGACGCUACUAUCCACCCCUACGUGGUGUUUGGCAAUGAAGGCGCGGUCCCUAAUUUUGACCCGCAGGAGUAUGGCAUGAAGCCGUUGAGUGUGAUGGCCGUUGUGUGUGAUGGGCAGGUGUUCUACGGCGUCUGGGGCGAUACUAACGGCCUGACUUCUACCGGUGAAGCGUCCAUUUCGCUGGCGCAACUUUGCUUCCCCAAUGACAAUAUCAGCGGAUACAACGGCCACGACCAAAAUGAUGUACUGUACAUUGGGUUUAUGGGAGACUAUGCCGUUCCUGGAAGCAGUGCCCACUGGAAGGCAAAUGACACGCGGGCCUUUGAGGACAGCAUCAAGGCACUCGGUGACAAAUUGGUUGCUGGUUUGACCGUCUGA